AAGUGCUGCAAUGGCUGCAUAUCAGGAAGAAGUGAAGCUUUUGGGAGUUGUGGAAAGCGCAUUUGUGUGCAGGGUGCAAAUUGCUCUAAAGUUGAAGGGAGUUGAAUAUAAAUUUGUGGAAGAAAAAUUGGACAACAAGAGUGAUAUUCUCCUCAAAUACAACCCAGUUUACAAGAAGGUUCCUGUGCUUGUUCACAAUGACAAGCCCAUAUCAGAGUCCCUUGUGAUUCUUGAGUAUAUUGAUGAGACAUGGAAAGACAACCUCAUCUUGCCUGCUGAACCAUACCAAAGAGCCUUGGCUCGUUUCUGGUCCAAGUUCAUAGAUGACAAGUGCUUGGCUGCUCUAGUGAAAGCGGCUUUCACCAAUGAUGAGAAAGAGCGUGAGAAGGGUGUUGAGGAAUCAGAUGUGGCUCUGCAGUUCCUUGAGGAUGAGCUCAAGGACAAGUUCUUUGGUGGUGAGGAGUUUGGCUUGGUGGACAUAGCUGCUGUCCUCAUAGCUUUUUGGUUUCCUAUAGUUCAAGAAGUAGUAGGGUUGCAAUUGUUCACCAGUGAGAAAUUUCCCAAACUCUACAAAUGGAGCCAAGAAUUUAUGAACCAGCCUGUUGUUAAGGAAUCCCUACCCUCAAGAGAUAACUUCAUAAAUAUUUGUUGAAGUCAAGUGAACUGAAGUAGCUCAAUGGCUACAUAUCAGGAAGAGGUGACGCUUUUGGGAACUUUGGGAAGCCCAUUUGUGUGCAGAGUGCAGAUUGCUCUUAAUUUGAAGGGAGUUGAAUAUAAAUUUGUGGAAGAAAAGUUGGACAGCAAGAGUGAUGUGCUCCUCAAAUACAACCCAGUUUACAAGAAGGUUCCUGUGCUUGUUCACAAUGAGAAGCCCAUAUCAGAGUCCCUUGUGAUUCUUGAGUACAUUGAUGAGACAUGGAAACACAACCCCAUCUUGCCUGCUGAACCUUACCAAAGAGCAUUUACUCGUUUCUGGUCUAAGUUCAUAGAUGACAAGUGCUUGGCUGCUGCAUUGAAAGCUGCUUUCACCAUUGAUGAGAAAGAGCGUGAGAAGGGUGUUGAAGAAUCAUAUGAGGCUCUGCAGUUUCUUGAGGAUGAGCUCAAGGACAAGUUCUUUGGUGGUGAGAAAUUUGGCUUCGUUGAUAUUACUGCUGUUUUCAUAGCCUUUUGGAUCCCUAUUUUUCAAGAAGUAACAGGGCUGCAAUUGUUCACCAAUGAGAAAUUUCCCAAGCUCUACAAAUGGAGCCAAGAAUUUAUCAACGACCCUGUUGUUAAGGAAUCCCUGCCUCCCAGAGAACUACUCUUUGCCUUUCUCAAAGCUCGCUAUGAAAGUCUUGCUGCUUCAAAGUAGAUUACUUUAAGUGAUACUCAUACUUUGAAAGGAAAACUGUAUG